AUUCUGCAAUUUUUGGAAUAGGCAUCCCUACGUACACACAUAUGUAAAUACUUAAAAAAAUAUUUAAAAAAAUCAUAAAUUUUGUAAAUUUAUAAGGCCGCAGGAGUUUAGAAAUCAAAAUUAUUAAAGUUAUUAUUUCACCGGAAUUUCAAUUUAGAUCGAUAAAAAAUGUCUUAUCAAAUAAAAUCGACAUCAUACAUUCAGCGCAUGCCAUCGAAGAGCAAACAAAAUGACCAAUUACAGAUGCUUCAAAAAGAGUAUGAACGUAUGAACUUUUUAAAUGAGUCUAAGAUUGAGAUGAAAAUGCGUCAAGUACGCUUGAAUAGGUUGUUUAAGGAAAUUGAACAGAUAAAAAAAUUUAAUUUAGAGAGACGUCAUCGGAUGCACCCUAAAAGAUGCGACAGUUCUAAAACCAAAGAAACUGAACGGUUGCAAAUCUUCAAAAAAGCUAAAAACUUGGGUCAGUACUUUUCUCAGCGCAAUUUAAGAGAAACAAAUAGGAAAAGGCGUCAAUUACCCCGAAAGAGUCGCAGACUGGCAGAGGCACAGCCAGAAACUUCUGUAUUAAAACGCAUCAAGUACGGGAAUGAAAUAUCUAAUUGGAACAUGCAAAAUAUUCAACAUAAGAAUGCAUGUAAAGAGUUUAGAACAUAUCGUAAAGAAUGCUCAACCAAUAUUAAAAUCAAUUUUAAAAACCAUCCAAAAAGCAAUAUUAAAAAAUUAAAAAAGACAACUCAUUUUGUCUCCAACUCAUUAAAAAACAAGGAAGUUAACACUACAUCGAAGAUACAAGACAAUUCAAACGACUGCAUUAAUCUUCAUAUAGAUAGAAACGGUGAAGCUAAGACUUCGGUUUUAACUUUAAGUGGAAAUGUUCAUCUUAUAGAUUUAGAAAUUUGCGAUAAAAUGCAUGAAGCAAUAUUAACAAAUGAUGACAGUCUUCAAGUCAUUGUACCCUAUAAAUCACCCAGAGCUGUAAAAAAUUGGCAAAAACUAGCAACACUUAUAAGGGAUAAAUCUAAAAUAUAUCAAUCAAAUAAAGUUUGUGAACAAACCGACUAUGAAACCAAGCAUCUUAAAAAAUUGAACAACAAACAAUUGGAAAGUUCUGAAUUCCUUAGAAAUGGAAGGCCACUUAAGUCCUUGGAUGAGAAAUUUAGUUUUACCCCAAAUCUACCAGACUCAAUGCCCGAUUUUAUACAAAAUAGUAAAUGCUUAAAGCCUCUUACUAUUUCGGCCAAUGAUAUGUAUUACCCCGGUUGGGAAGAAAAACAUUAUAGUUCCAAAUUUAGUGUAGGAAAGUUACGUAGAGUUUUUGAAAAUAGUAGUUAAAAUUAAAAACUAAUUUUAUUUAACCAAAUGUAAAAAUUAAAAACUUUAUCAUCAUGAUACAACCAGUAAUUGUUAUAUUAUGCUUUAUCAUAAAAUACAAUUUUAUCAUAAUUGUUGUUAA